AUGUCUUCCAUCGUCAACAAAGUCAAGGAUGUUCUUCACUCCGACAAGAGCAAGACCACGGAACCGGAAGGGACUACUUCUUCGACACAUCCCACCACCACUGGCACUCACACAUCCAGCUCCACUGAGCCUCGCACUGACACCACGACUACCAGCCAUGUAGGUGGUGCCUCCGGCCCGGCCUCCAAGACUGACGGUCCUCACAACUCCAACCUGUUGAACAAGGCCGAUCCUCGUGUCGACUCAGACCGCGACCACAGCAAGAACUUGGGCAUGAACCCGCAGGGAACUGCCACCACCGGCGCUGGAGCUACUCAUGACCUCCCUGGCUAUAGUGGCGCCUCUACUGGAACUGGUGUCGGCGGUCCUCAGCAUCACGGUGGUGUUGCCAGCAGUGGUAUCGCCGGCAGUGGUAUUGCUGGCACUGCUGCUCAUGACAGUGGCCGCACUACGGGCCCAGCUACUCGCACCGAUGGCCCUCACAGCUCCAACCUGGCCAACAAGGCCGAUCCCCGUGUUGACUCUGACCGAGACUACAGCCGCAACUUGGGAGCAAACCCUCACGGAACUGCAACGACUGGAACGACUGGCGAUCUUGGCUCGGCGGGCACUACUGGCGCCGCCAUAGGUACUACGGGUGCCAACCGUGGCACCGACGGUCCUGCCACUCGCACUGAUGGUCCUCACAGCUCCAACUUGGCCAACAAGGCCGACCCCCGUGUCGAUUCUGACCGCGAUCACAGCCGAAACCUGGGAGCUAACCCUCACGGGACUGCCACUACUGGCACAUCUGGCACCUCAGGCCUCACCAGUGGUCAGGGAACUCACACUGGCACUGGGGACAACUCUGCUUUUUUCGCCGGCGGCGCAGCUGGUGCUACUGGUAUCAAUCGCGGCACUGAUGGCCCAGCCACUCGCACCGACGGCCCUCACAGCUCCAACCUGGCCAACAAGGCCGAUCCUCGUGUUGACUCUGACCGAGACUACAGCCGUAAUCUAGGGGCAAACCCUCACGGAUCUGCCACUACUGGCACCCACGGAUCCCACGCCGACACUACUGGCACUCACGGAACUCACGGAACUCAUGCUGGCGCUGCCGGUACCACCACCGGUGCUCACGGCACUCACGGCACUCACGGCACUCAUGCCGGCGCUGCCGGUACUACCACCGGUGCUCACGGCACUCAUGACACUCUUGCCGGCACCACUGGCUCCGGCCCCGGCCCGGCCCCGAACACUGCCGGGCCCCACAAGUCCGACAUGUUGAACAAGAUCGACCCUCGCGUCGACAGCAAUCUGGACGGCAGCAAGACCGUCGGCGGUAACAAGACGGCUGAGUCUCUAGACCACAAGGAUCCUACAGACGCGGCGCAGGUACCUCCUUCCGUUCUGCAGAAGCAUAUAGGUGCCCCAACUGUUGAACAUGAGGAUUCUUCGCAUGAUCGUGCCAAGAGACACAGUGUUUCGCAUCAGGAACAGCACCGUGGCUACUGA